AUGUCAGGCUCCGGGAGAAAAGACUUCGAUGUGAAGCACAUCCUGCGACUCCGCUGGAAACUCUUCAGCCACCCGUCGCCUUCCUCCGGUGGCCCGGCGGGGGGCGGCUGCCUGCAACCUGACAGCAGUGGCAGCUUCGAGCAUUGGGGCCCCAGCCAAAGCCGCCUGCUCAAGAACCAAGAGAGAGGCGGCGUAAGCACUUUUUGGAAGAAGCCUUCCUCCUCCUCUUCUUCGUCGUCGUCCUCCUCCUCUUCCUCUUCUUUCAACCCGCUGAAUGGCACCCUGCUGCCAGUGGCCACGAGGAUGCAGCAAGGGGCGCCUGGGCAAGGCCCCCAGCAACCCACCAGGACACUCUUCUACGUGGAGUCCCUAGAGGAAGAGGUGGUGCCAGGCAUGGACUUUUCUGGACAAGAAAAAGGGCUGGUCCUGCAAGAGCUCAAAGUGGAAUCAGCCCACUCGAGUCAGGCAACAGGUGAAGGAUGUGGACACAGAUUGUCAGCAAACUGCCAUUCUCUGACACCUCAAAGUGAUAUGGACUCCAGUAGCUCUGAAGAAUUCUACCAGGCCGUUCACCAUGCAGAGCAAACCUUCAGAAAGAUGGAAAGUUACUUGAAGCAACAGCAACUUUGUGAUGUUAUCUUGAUUGUUGGGAACCGAAAGAUACCUGCGCAUCGGCUUGUUCUGAGUUCAGUCUCCGACUACUUUGCGGCCAUGUUUACAAGUGACGUAUGUGAAGCUAAGCAAGAGGAGAUCAAGAUGGAAGGCAUAGACCCCAAUGCCCUAUGGGACCUUGUCCAAUUUGCAUAUACAGGUUGCUUGGAAUUAAAGGAAGACACCAUUGAAAACCUUCUUGCUGCAGCGUGCCUUCUUCAGCUUCCUCAAGUGGUAGAAGUGUGCUGCCACUUUCUCAUGAAGCUUUUGCAUCCAUCUAACUGUUUAGGAAUCCGAGCAUUUGCAGAUGCUCAAGGAUGCAUUGAAUUAAUGGAGGUGGCCCACAGCUACACAAUGGAAAACAUAAUGGAAGUUAUCAGAAAUCAAGAGUUUUUACUCCUUCCAGCUGAGGAGCUCCAUAAACUCCUAGCCAGUGAUGAUGUCAAUGUUCCUGAUGAAGAGACCAUCUUCCAUGCAUUAAUGAUGUGGGUCAAGUACGACACACAGAGGAGAUGCAAUGACCUAAGUAUGCUUCUUGCCUUUAUAAGACUGCCAUUGCUGCCACCACAGAUAUUGGCUGAUCUAGAAAACCAUGCAUUAUUUAAGAAUGAUCUGGAAUGUCAAAAGCUGAUUCUAGAAGCAAUGAAAUACCAUCUAUUGCCAGAAAGAAGAACUUUAAUGCAAAGUCCAAGAACUAAACCUAGAAAAUCUACAGUUGGAACUCUGUAUGCUGUAGGAGGAAUGGAUAACAACAAAGGAGCUACAACCAUAGAGAAAUACGAUCUCAGAACAAAUUUGUGGAUCCAGGCAGGAAUAAUGAAUGGCAGGAGGUUGCAGUUUGGAGUGGCUGUUAUUGAUGACAAACUCUUUGUAAUUGGAGGUCGAGAUGGCUUAAAGACUCUGAACACUGUUGAAUGUUACAAUCCGAAAACCAAGACUUGGACAGUCUUACCCCCAAUGUCAACACAUAGACAUGGUCUAGGUGUGACAGUACUUGAAGGCCCUAUCUAUGCUGUAGGAGGCCAUGAUGGUUGGAGUUAUCUGAAUACAGUGGAGAGGUGGGAUCCACAGAGUCAGCAAUGGACAUUCGUAGCCAGUAUGUCAAUUGCCCGAAGCACAGUCGGGGUAGCAGCAUUAAAUGGCAAGUUAUAUUCAGUUGGAGGCCGUGAUGGAAGUUCCUGUUUGAGUUCAAUGGAAUAUUAUGACCCUCAUACUAACAAGUGGAACAUGUGUGCUCCAAUGUGUAAGAGGCGAGGAGGUGUUGGAGUGGCCACAUGUGAUGGUUUUCUUUAUGCAGUAGGAGGCCAUGAUGCUCCAGCUUCAAAUCACUGUUCCCGGCUACUAGAUUAUGUAGAGAGAUAUGAUCCCAAAACAGACACAUGGACCAUGGUGGCUCCUUUGAGUAUGCCCAGAGAUGCUGUUGGGGUCUGUCUCCUUGGUGACAGAUUAUACGCUGUUGGUGGCUAUGACGGGCAGACAUACCUCAACACUAUGGAAUCCUAUGAUCCACAAACUAAUGAGUGGACACAGAUGGCUUCUUUGAAUAUUGGAAGAGCAGGUGCUUGUGUGGUAGUCAUCAAGCAACCUUGA